UUCAGUUUCGAUUGUUCAUGUCUUAAUAAAAUACGAAGGAAUCGAAACCUACAGAUUUUUAAAGCCAGCUGAAUCGAAACAGAGCUCGGGCAUUCGCGGAUCCGGGAGCAGAAUGUCAUUUCUGAUGGAAACUGGAAACUACGUUGCUAAGCUGAACGAGUUUGCACAGAAAUGCGGCUUGGUGCUGCGCUACGAUGAACUGGACUCCGAUGGUCCCGAUCAUGAUAAAAGAUUCACCCAGAGGGUAGUUCUGAAUGGUAAACCCUAUCCCAGUGGUGCAGGGAAGACGAAGAAGGAAGCCAAGCAGAAUGCAGCUCAAAAAGCCCUGCAAUAUUUGUUUAAGGAUGAACAUCAGGACUCAGCUGACUCAACAGAAAACACAUCAGAAACAUCAGCAUCAGUUCAGGAGAAAAGUAUCAACUACAUAUGUUGGCUCAAUGAAUAUGGCCAGAAGAAUGGACUGAAUAUAAAACCUGUGCAGUCGACAAGACCCGGUCCAAAUAAUGCUAUCCCAUGCUGCAGCUUCAUAGUUGGUGAUAAGGAGUAUCCAGAGGUGUGUGGGAAAUCAAAGAGGGAAGCUAAGGAGGAAGCAGCCAAGCUGGUAUAUGAUUACAUACAUGGCAGUAGAACGACAGCGCCUGCAGAUGAGAACUGCAACAAUACACCAAGUCAAAAAAAAGAGGAAUUCAGUCAAAGUGUUUCUGAUAUCUGUGAUGGGACUAGAGAGCUGAGUGUGACGUCUAAAGACAACAGCUUUACAGAGACUAAUUUCAUAGGACUUGUUAAUAACUACUGUCAGAAAACCAAUCAUUCCCAUAAAUUUGAAGAAGCCAGAAAGAGAUCUGGCCCACCUCAUAACCCCAAAUUUUUCUACAAAUCGGUGAUCGACGACAAGGAAUACCCUGUUGGUGAGGGUAAAAGUGUCAAGGAGGCCAAACAAAAUGCAGCCCAGUUGGCCUGGGAUGCUCUUCAGGAACAAUCAGACUAUGACAGCAAGGUGUCUGUCACGUCAACAGCGUCAGACGAUGGAGCAUCAUCUGUAUCAUCAGCACCUCCAACUACACAGGACUCCAACGAAUCAUCAUCACAAAACAUGCACACAAGUGCAAGUGACUCGAUAGUAUUCGUUGAUUCAUCAAACCCCUCCAGGGGCCAGGUUUCCGUCGGUUCACCUAAGUCAGAAAAAAGUGCAUCAGCCAGGUUCUCAACACCAACUUCACUAGAGAGUGUUGAGCCAUCAGCACAGAGUCUGGCAACAGGUACUGAUGACUGGGUAAUAUCUGCAGAUCCAUCAACCCCUUCCAAGGAUCAGAAUGCUGUCACAAACGAGAGUGUGGAAAACGGCGCAAAUGAUGCAACAAUCCAGUCAAGAUUUAUGCUAGACUACGAUUCUAGACAGCGUCUUGGCAAAGGAGGAUUUGGUCGUGUUUACAAAGCAAGACAAAUACUCGUUGACAAGUGGUAUGCUGUGAAGAUUGUUCGUGGUAAAGAAAAGGCUCUGCGAGAGGUGAGGGCAUUAUCAGACCUCCGUCACAGCAACAUUGUUAGAUACUACGAUUGUUGGAUGGAGGAUUCGGACUACAUAGACAUCAACUACUGCGAUUCGCAAUCUAACAGUAGUUCAUCCCCACAAUACCUCUACAUUAAGAUGGAGUUAUGUGACUCCAAAACACUUAAAAACUGGAUAAAGGAGGAGAACAAGAAAACGCUGCAAAACCCCAAGAGAAAGGAAGAAAGUCUGCUGAUUUUGCAGCAAAUAGUCAGUGGAGUCAAGUACAUUCACUCAAAGAAACUCAUCCACAGGGACCUUAAGCCUGCCAACAUCAUGUUUGGACAGGAUGAAGAAGUAAAGAUUGGGGACUUUGGUUUGGUCACUGUUGAGACUGACGAUGAAAACAUGAUGGAGAGAACAAAAGGCACAGGAACCAGAAGUUACAUGGCUCCUGAGCAAAGGACUGAUAUGUAUGAUCGGAAAGUGGACAUGUUUGCUUUGGGGCUGAUAUACUUUGAACUUCUUUGGAAACUCUCCACUGGCUUUGAAAGAGCAAAGAUAUGGGAUGACCUCAGAAGUCAGAAGCUCCCCAAAGAGUUUUUACUGACCUUUCUCCAAGAGAACCAAAUUAUUAAGUCAUUGCUGUGUGAGAAGCCACAAGACCGACCUGAAGCAGCUGCACUGAAAUCAGAACUGGAGGAGUGUGCUAAGAUAUACAAGGCACAAAGAAAUAGCCAGGAAAAUGUAACUGUCUGAAUGUGAAAGAGAGAGCUUGUCAAAAUUAUUGGCAUUAUGGAAAUCUGUGUCUUCCGAUGUGUUUCAUCUAAGGACAGGAUUCGAUACACUGUUGUGUUAUCCAUUUUUUUGGACAAAUGUUAAUGUAUUGCUGUUACAUGUGAUGGAGGGCAAAUCAUGAACCAUGUAAUUAAGGGAUAUUCUCAUGGGUUCACGGAAUGAAAACUGAAAUCAAUCAGUCAUGAUUUUAAGAAGUAACUUUUACAUUCUCUC